CAGUUUUAAUGUCAGUUGCGACAGUGUAAAGUGAAUGCUAGGAAAACAUAAUUUUUUUAAAUUGAAUUUAAAUAAUUACAAUAAGAAUAUUUGACAUCAAAUAAGUACUUUUCAAAAAUGUCAGCCGUAGGUGAUAAGAGGCGUAGCGCCUCUGAAGAGCGCGAACAAAGUGAACCCAAAGAUAUUGUCGUGGCCAAUAACAAUGAUGAUGAUGAUGAUGCUUGGAUUGGUCCUAUGCCGGAUGAGCAAUCAGCUGCAUCGAAACCGAAGAAACGCAAAACAUUACCAUAUGAAAAAGUGUAUUUGGAAAACCUUCCCAAUGCUGAAAGCUAUGAAAAAAGUUAUAUGCACCGCGAUGUAAUAACACAUGUGGUGAGCACCAAGACGGAGUUUAUAGUGACUGGCAGCUAUGAUGGGCACAUUAAAUUUUGGAAAAAAAUGGAGGAGGGUAUCGAAUUCGUAAAACAUUUUCGAAGUCACUUGAUGCCAAUACACUCCUUAACAACCAACGCAAGUGGUACACUACUGUGCUCAGCUUCUGCAGACAAAUGUGCAAAAAUAUUCGAUGUGGUAAAUUUCGAUAUGAUAAAUAUAAUUAAGUUGGGUUUUACCCCACUAUGCACAGAAUGGAUACACUCUUCGGGUGAUGCCGUUCAUACUUUGGCAGUUUCAGAUAAAGAUAGCAAUAAGAUUGUUAUUUACGAUGGCCAAGGUAAUGGCGACGUGUUGAAAAUUUUGGAAAAGCUUCACUCUGCACCUGUAGUGGCAAUGUGUUACAACUUGCCGUUUGAAACUGUAAUUUCUGUUGACAAAAAUGGUAUACUAGAGUAUUGGCAAAACUCUAAACAUGACUAUAAAUUCCCACAAAAACUUGUAGCGUUUGAUUCGAAGCUAGACACAAGUUUAUUCGAGUUUGCAAAAAACAAAGCCUUAGUCACUGGUCUUGCGGUAUCGCCUGAUGGCCGUCGAUUUUCUACCAUAUCAAAUGAUCGAAAAGUAAGAGUGUUUCAGUUUAACACCGGCAAAUUAAUACGCGUAUUUGAUGAAGCAUUAACUACAUAUACACAAAUGCAGCAAACUCCACAUGCAUUACCUAAUAUGGAGUUUGGCAGAAGGAUGGCUGUGGAAAGAGAUUUGGAUAAGUCUGAGUUUAGCACAAACAAUAAUAUACUCUUCGAUGUCAGUGGACAUUUUAUAAUGUAUCCCACCAUGUUAGGCAUUAAAGUAAUUAACAUUGACACAAAUAGAUGUGUUUCUAUUUUAGGGAAAACGGAUAACAUACGUCCAUUACAUAUAGCCUUAUUUCAGGGAAAAGCGAAAAAAUCUAAGGCAGCUAUAACUAUGGAACAGGAGGCUAGCGAUAAUCCUACCUUGCAAUCCAUUGCUAAUGAUUCUACGAUGUUUUGUGCUGCCUAUAAAAAAUCACGCUUUUAUCUAUACAGUCGUCGAUUGCCAUCCGAUUUACAAGAUGUUGAUCGGGAUGUAUUUAAUGAAAAACCAUCGAAAGAAGAUAUAAUUGCAGUGCCAGAAGGACAAGGUACACAACGUGUUUACGAAAACGCUAUUUUGCACACAACAGUGGGCGACAUACAUAUGAAGCUAUUCUUUAAAGAAUGCCCUAAGACAGUUGAGAAUUUUUGUGUUCAUUCCAAAAAUGGCUACUAUAAUGGUCACAUCUUUCAUCGUGUUAUAAAAGGCUUCAUGGUGCAAACCGGGGAUCCUACAGGCACAGGAACUGGUGGCAAAUCAAUAUGGGGACACGAUUUCAAAGAUGAGUUCGUUCCAAGUCUCAAGCACGAUCGUCCUUAUACUGUUAGUAUGGCAAAUGCUGGUCCCAACACUAAUGGCAGUCAAUUCUUCAUUACAGUUUUGCCGACGCCAUGGCUAGACAACAAACAUACGGUGUUUGGCCGGGUGUUUCGUGGAAUGGAAGUUGUACAAAAUAUUUGCAAUGCAAAAGCAAAUCCAAAAACAGAUAAACCUUAUGACGACAUCAAAAUCAUAUCAAUUCGAUUGAGUAAUUAAUAAUUUCGACAUUCGAAUUUUACAUUGAGAUGAUGGCAAAAUCACAAUUCUUAUAAUUAUUUUAAAGUAGUUUAUUAAUAGAUAUUUAUACGCUGAACAAGUUAUGUUAAGUUUGCCAAGAAGUUUGUGACACCCAGAAGGAACGCCUGCCUUUUUGUCUUUAUAUACACGAACUGGUCCCUUAGUUCUUGAGAUAUAGAUCUGAAAUUUUGCACACGUUCGUUUCUCCACAAAAAGCAUUUCAUUUGUCGACAAACUGAACGGUCAGAAUCAAGUACUUGAAUUUGGCAAGAUUUUUGCAUAAAAUUUGACAAGGAUUAUUACCCAAGUCAACGGUGCAAUCUCCGAACAAGCUUUUUAGAUUAAAUCCCUGCUGCAUUCUUGUACAAACUGAACGAUCAAAAUAAUGUCCUUCGGAAAACUUUUUUAUUUGUGAAAGUGUUUCGGUGCAGCCGCAGCUAACGUUUUUUCUUGUUCUCCUCAAACUUACCACCAAAUUUAUAUUUAAAUAUAAACAAAUAAGUGUUAUUUUUUAAAGUUAUCGUAUAUUAAUGUAUUGCAAAAUAAACUUACGUCUGUACGUUGAACAUACACCUAUGAAUACAUAUUUACAAUAUUUUAACUGUACUAAUCGUAAUAAGUAUAAAGUUUUUUUUUUUGAAGGCAUAAAUAAAACAAAAAAAAAUUUUAUAUUUGAGUAUAAUACCGUAUUAGCUGCGAUUACACAAAAUUCCUCAUAAAAAGUCAUUUAUUUGUAAACGUUUAAAGCCAAUUUUACAAAUAAAAAAACUUUUAUUACAUUUUCAAUAUAUUAUCACAUUUCUCCUUAAACAAACAAUAUUGCAAUGUUAUUUUUGUGGCCUCUAACAGAUUUCGAAAGUCUUUAAUACGCAUAUAAUUCUCAUUUCAUAUCAUUUAUAGCUUAAUAUAUAAAUAAAAUUAAAUAACUUUGAAAAAUAUCUUUAAAUGUUUAAGUUGAUAAAAUAUGGACCGUUAAAGAAAGUAAGUCGGCAUGAACUUACAAUAUAAAUUUGUUUAUACAUUCAUAUUUACCAGAUAUUGAAAUUAAAAAAAAAAUAAAAUUGUUAAGCCCAGAAUAAGAGCAAAAGAAAAGGUAAUAUAAACUUUAACGUUGCUCACAAUUAAGUUAUUAUUAAUUAUGUAUCAUCAGAAAAUAAUUCGCAAGUAUGUAUGUUUGUGUACCGUAAUAAGAUUUUUUUAAAUAUAUAUGUAAAUAUUUUAAUACAAAAUUAAAUUUCGCGAGUCUAUAUUUCCGUAUUUUAGUUCUUCGCGUCGUAGCUUAUGACUUUUUCCAAGUAUAUGUAAUUUAUGAAUAUAUUCCAAAUAGGAUUCACUGCAAGGCAUUUUUGAUAUCCAACAAUACUUUUUUCGCUUCUAAAAAAUUUUCUUAUUUAGGCAUCUACACUAUAUUGUGAGCUAAUGUCAAAAUCUGAAACAC